CCACACGGCAGAAUAUAAAUCUGUAUGUUAACAGGACUAAAGCUGGAGGUCUCGAAGCAGCUUUAGUGGUUAUGCAGGUGGGGGUGGCCAUAAAGGAUCAAGAGGUGGUCUCCCCUAUUAACUGAGGAUCUGUGCAAAUAAGGAAGUGGGACCCGUGGAAGCUGUGAACGACGGUUGUCAAGCACAGUGGUGGGUUGGUCGGAGGUCUCUGACCCUCUCAUUUUCAUUUCUGGAAGAAAAGAGAAGAGCAAAAGAGACACGAGAGAAAAAGGAAGGUGGCAGCGAGGGACCAGAAUCAGGAGGCAUUGCGUUUUGGUAGAAGUGGGUGUUUCUCAAGCUGUCAUUGUGUUUGGUGCCGCUACAAAGGACAGCUGAGCAGGGAGUGAGAGAGAAAGCUUUGGAGAUAAUAAAAUAGCAGCCUGAAAGAAAAGGGGGGACCUGGGACUACAGGAACAGCUGACAACAAUUGGAAGGUGAAUUGUGAUGAAAAUAAAACUGUUACAAAGACUGACAACCAUUUUGAGAUAGCUAUUUAUUGAGACUAUUACCACUUCUUGAGGGAAUAAAGAAGCAGUGUGCCAAACCAACACUGUCGGUUGGAUUCUGCUAUUGCUGUUGCUAAGCAAACUCUCUAACCUGAAGUUCUUUGGGAGACAGUAUUGAGCAUCACUCUACAGCCAUGAAGGGAAGCUCAGAGGAAAGCAUUGAAAGCAUCAGGCCCUCCAACCUGCAAGCUUUUGCUAACAUAUCCACCCUACAUGGCAUGAGUCACAUAUUCGCCUAUGGGCACAUGACAUUCCGUCGGUUCCUUUGGACUCUCUCAUUCCUGGGUUCACUAGGCUUAUUGAUGCUGGUCUGCAUGGAUCGAGUGUCAUAUUACCUGGAGUAUCCUCACGUCACCAAGCUGGAUGAGGUUGCGGCGACAAACCUUACCUUCCCAGCAGUUACCUUCUGUAACCUCAAUGAGUUCCGCUUCUCCAAAAUCACCAGAAAUGACCUCUAUCAUGUGGGAGAGCUCCUGGCCCUCCUCAACAAUAACUACCAAAUUGCCAACCCACACUUGGCUGAGCCAGAGGUUCUGGCCGCCCUAAAGGAUAAAGCAAACUUCCAGAACUUCAAGCCCAAACUGUUCAACAUGACUGAUUUCUAUAACCGUACAGGUCAUGACAUCAGUGAUAUGCUACUGCAGUGCACCUUUCGAGGAGAGGAUUGCUAUCCAGUGAACUUCACCACAAUUUACACACGCUACGGAAAAUGCUACACUUUCAACUCGGGAUUAGACGGCAACCCUUUGUUGACCACAUUGAAAGGUGGCACAGGGAACGGCUUGGAGAUCAUGUUGGAUAUUCAGCAGGAUGAAUACUUGCCUGUUUGGGGAGAGACAGAUGAGACCUCCUACGAAGCAGGCAUCAAGGUUCAGAUCCACAGCCAGGAUGAGCCGCCCUUCAUUGACCAACUGGGAUUUGGUGUGGCCCCUGGUUUUCAAACUUUUGUGUCAUGUCAGCAGCAACUGCUUCAGUACCUCCCUCCGCCUUGGGGGGAUUGCAAGUCUACUCCCAUAGACUCUGAAUACUUCUCCACGUACAGCAUCACCGCCUGCCGCAUUGACUGUGAAACCCGGUACCUGCUGGAGAAUUGCAACUGCAGGAUGGUUCACAUGCCGGGGACCUCAACAGUUUGCACACCUGAGCAGUACAAAGACUGUGCUGACCCAGCUUUAGACUUUUUGGUAGAGAAAGACAACGAUUACUGUGUCUGUCAGACGCCCUGCAACAUGACUCGGUAUGGCAAGGAGCUGUCCAUGGUUAAGAUCCCCAGUAAGGCAUCUGCUAAAUAUCUGGCUAAGAAAUUCAACAAAACUGAGCAAUAUAUUGGGGAAAAUAUAUUGGUCUUGGACAUCUUCUUUGAAGCUCUGAAUUAUGAGAAGAUUGAGCAGAAGAAGGCCUAUGAAAUUGCAGGGCUUCUCGGUGACAUCGGAGGUCAGAUGGGGCUGUUUAUCGGAGCCAGUGUUUUAACGAUACUGGAAAUAUUUGACUACCUAUAUGAGGUGUUUAAGGAUAAGGUUUUGGGUUACUUCAUACGCAAGAAACGACCCCAGCGUUGCCAGAGCGACAAUCUGGAGUUUCCAGAGAACCCAACCAGCCCUGGUGUCACGCCUAAUCAUGCCCCCAGAGCACCUGUGACACCCUCCGGAGUCACUCGGACAGUCUCGGAUUCACGCCGAACAUGUUACCUCGUCACCCGACUCUAGGCAACUUUGAGGAGUUUGCUUGUUGACGACAUAAAGUAGGGGUUGGGGGUAGGGUGGCACAUCUGGGGACUUGACAGCAAACUGUGAAUUGAUUUAUGUAUUUAACAGAAAAACGGUUGAGUGUAUAACUCAAAAACGUAUAGUAGAGUUUAUCAACGCCUGAAUAGAAAUAGAAUACUAUCAUCAGAAAAAAAAGAGACCACUUCCACAACAGAACUCAGGUUUAACUGCCAUGUCAAGGCAUCAUUGUUAAUUUUUUCAUGUUUCAUUUUGUGGAUUUGUUUUUCUUAUCCAGUCACUUGAGAGUAUACAAUCACUAGAGAUACAGUAAAUGUGUCCAAAAACGGGAUUCUGACCAGUGUUGAAACGAGUUACAUAGUACUGUUGUGCUAGUUUGCUGUACAUCGAUCAAAAAAAAAAAAAGAA